UCAGAUGCUGGAGUUGAGGAUCCGUGGCUCCGAGCGGCGCGGGCGAAAGGCGGCGGUAAUCGAAGCUCUGGGCGCAUUUUCCUAGAAGCCUCCAGCGCUCCGCCACCUGUCUGGAGUCUGCCCCCGUCUCGGGCAUCUCCUCUUCAGAGUUUCCUCCUCAUAGGCUUGUCCCUGGGAGUGUGGGCGGCCGCAUUCCUGAUCACCGAAACUCUUCCCCCCUCCCCCCGCUAGCCUUCCUCCUCCAGCACACCAGCCUCUCUUUUCUGCCUCAGUCACUUCCUUCCUCAGCUUCUUCCUCCCCAGUGCGUUGAAGAAGAUUACCAGCCCGCACCGACGCAGCCCCCGUUUUCUCGGAAAAGAAAAGGAGGCGGAGAGGCAGCAAUGAAUGUGGAUCACGAAGUUAACCUCUUAGUGGAGGAAAUUCAUCGUCUGGGUUCAAAAAAUGCUGAUGGAAAAUUAAGUGUGAAAUUUGGGGUCCUCUUCCGAGAUGACAAAUGUGCCAAUCUCUUUGAAGCACUGGUAGGAACUCUCAAAGCUGCAAAAAGAAGGAAGAUGAUUACGUACCCAGGAGAGCUACUUUUGCAAGGUGUUCAUGAUGAUGUUGACAUUAUAUUGCUGCAAGAUUAAUGUGGCUUGCAUAGCUUUGUUUAUUGUGGGUUUUUUUUGUUUCUGGUAAACUGGAAUAUUACAUCAAAGGACAAACAUAUUAGCAUACUUAAUGUAUUUUUGUAGAACUUUAUAAACAAAAGGAGACAUUUUAGAAGCCUGUCCUUUUUGUAUCUUGAAAGUAAAUUUAUGUAUUACACUGUAAAAUAAACAAAACCUAUUAUUUUUCUCAGGAAUCUGGCUGGAAAAUGUAGGCAAUGAGGCUUUUUUGGUGGGGAUGCAAGAGUGUUUGUUUCAUAAAUCAUUCUUAGAUAAUUUCUACAGAUACUUGACAUUCCAUGAAAUCAAGAAGCAAACUUGAAGACCAGCUCCCACAAUGAAUGUAAUGUUUAUGUAAUAAAAACAUGUAACUCUCUUAAAA